AUGAAAUAUUGUAGUGGUAUAUGUAUAAAAUUAUUCAACAUAAUAAAAUCAAGUGUAUUGUUCUGUCGGCAUCAUUGUCAUUUAUUAAUACGUUUCGUUAUAUUAUUUAUCUUCUGUUUACUAUUGCUCUAUUCUUCGUCUAUUCAUUAUUAUUCAUUCUAUUGUACGAAUCGAUUUCAACAAGGUCUGCUUGAAGCAAAUAAACGUAACUUAUGGAAUACAAUAAAUGGUGUAAGAAAUAAAUUUAUGCCAAUAUUAAUGCCAGUUUGUGAUCGACCACAUUAUUUGAAAAGGGUUUUAGAUGGUUUAGCUAAAGUUGAUGGCAUAAAUGAGACACUUGUCAUUAUUUCUCAAGAUUGUGCAUUAUCAUCUAUUACAUCUAUUUUAUCAUCUAUACCAUCACAUAUUCGUACACUAAUUCUUUCACAUACACCUCCAUAUUUUUCUCUUCCACGUUAUGUCGAUACUAAUGAAUAUGCUACAUCUGCUAAUGUUAAAUUUUUAUUAGAAUUUGCUUUUGAAUAUAUGUUAGCUGAUGGAGCAAUUCUUCUUGAAUCUGAUCUAAUACCAUCUGUUGAUUUUUAUCGUUAUCAUCAAUGGGCAUAUCGAAAUCUAUUAAAUGUUAAUAAUUCGAAAAUUCUAUCUAUUCAUGCUUUUAAUCUUUAUUCAACUAAUUUAUCUGAUCCAUAUACAUUAUUUCCUCGAGGUUUUGAUUCUUGGGGUUGGUCAACAGCAAGAACAAGAUGGCCAUGGUUUAAAAAUCAAUGGACUAAAUAUAAAAAUUGGGAUAGUAUUGUAAGCCGAACAGCUAAACAAGAUGAAUGGAUAUGUAUGUUACCAAAAUUAAGUCGAACACGAAUGAUUGGUUUGAAAGGAAUUAAUGUUAAUGUUUAUAAGGAAUCAGAAAAGAAACGAUUUGAAGAAGAUAUGUAUAUGAGUGAUAAAAUAAUUGAAUAUAAUGAAAAAAAACCGAAAAUUGUAUCCUCUUGA